GACACCACAGGCAGGCUUUAGGACCAAGUUUCUAAGUAGGCAGUGGUAACCAAAAAGAGAAGGAGCAGGCAUUCAUUCGGGAGUGAGUUUGAGUUGGUUCGCCAAUUCAGACCGAAACGCUGCAGCAUCAGCAUCGCCACUAUUACAGCAAGGUGAAGUAGAAACUACGCUCGCAAAAAGGCUGCACGUCCUUGGGACUUGGUGAUCUAAAACGUGUUUUUGGUUGUUUAUCAUUUGUUAACAUUAAUAAAUAAAAGUGGGAAAAGUGCAAAAAAGUGACAACUCUUUCCAGGAUCCCUCCAAAAGGAGCCAUGGAUUGUAUUAGAAGACACACUUUUAUUAAUAUCGCUGUCAGCGUUUUGAUAGUUAGCAGCUCCAGCCAUGCUUUAUUGGACAAGUCCCUGGAGGAGAACUUCAUGUUCCCCCAUCGCUUGAGGUCUGAGGACGAGAGCCAAAUUACCUCCUGUGAUUUUGAAUCGCCUUGCUCCUGGAGCUUCUCCAAUCACAGCAUCAGAUAUGAUUGGAGGGUCACAUCACCACAGCAACACAGAUCCAGCACACAGGCCAUGAGACCGGUCAGCGACCAUUCGGAGGGGAGCUCUGACGGUCACUUCCUGCUUUUGAGUGCCUCUGCUGCCUCCAGGGCAUCUAGAAAGUGUGAAUACCACGUCACUAGUCCAGUGGUCUACAGUAGUGGUCCACUGUGCCAUCUGCAGCUGGCCCGCUUUGAGUCAGGGCCCACCGCUGGAAAUCUCUCAGUCUUAGUGAAACCAGUCGACUCAGCAUCUGUCAUCAGCACAACAGCUCUCAGUGGCAGAGCCCAAGAUGGCACCAGGGCCCAGUGGGAGGUGCUGGAGACGGUGAUUGGAGAGGUGGAUGAGCCCUUCCAGGUGACCCUGCUCUACUCCACUUGCCUGGGGAAGGAUAGGGGGACUCUGGCCCUCGACUCCCUGGAGCUCAUAGACUGUGACAUGGGUCACCAUGAAUUACAGCUGGGCACAGACUGUGAUGAGAUCACUUCUUUCCACUGUGACCUAGGAGGCUGCAUUGACAAGACUAGAGUAUGUGACUUCCACAGUGACUGCCCCCUAGGGGAGGAUGAGGGAUUUAUCUGUGACACUCUGCCUUAUGGAGCCCACUGUUCCUUUGAGCCUGGGUCCUGUGGCUGGUCAACGUCCAGUGAGCUGUCCUCUUGGAGGAGGGUCAGUGGGGAGGAACUAGAACACAGUAAAGACAUGCUGGGGACAGCUCUGCAAAACACCCAAGGGCACUUCCUGUUCCUGGCGGUGAGAGGGAACAGUUCAAGUAUUAAAGCGUCUGUCCGAAGUUCCUCCUUCCCCCGACCGGUCUCUACCAUAGCCUGUCAGUUGCAUUUCUCCCUGUAUCUCUAUGGGGAGUUUAAUGGCACCGUGCUGCUGUCGCUGGAGGAUAACAGUACUGUUGCGUCCCCGUUGGUGUGGGAGAGGUCUGGACAGUGGAAAGACAACUGGCAGGACAUCACUCUGCAGCUACCUGCCCUCCUCAAUGGGUUCCACCUCAAGGUGAAGGCUCUGUGGGGACCAGGCUCCAAUGCUGACAUCGCCCUAGAUGACAUCGCCCUGGGUGCAGCAUGCUUUGACACAGAUCUCAACUCCCUGCUGCUCGGACACAGAUUCUUCCAUGAAAUGGACUCCAUCAGUGAACUGGAUUUCUUCAGCCCCCUCCCAGAGCCCUCUGCCUCAGAGGUGUCCCUGAUGACCUGGUGGUUCACAUCCUGUGGGGCCAGUGGCCCCCGAGGUCCCACCCAGGCCCAGUGUGACAGCGCAUACCGUAACACCAACGUCAGUGUCACCGUGGGCAAGGAGGGCCCGUUCAAAGGAGUGCAGACCUGGAGGGUACCAGCCACCAACAGAUACAUGAUCUCAGCCUAUGGAGCUGCAGGUGGCAAAGGAGCAAAGAACCACAACAAGCGCUCCCACGGGGUCUUCAUCUCAGCCAUCUUCCCUCUGGAGAAGGGAGACAUCCUGUAUAUACUGGUGGGACAUCAAGGGGAGGAUGCCUGUCCAGGGAGAAAUCCUCUGACACAGAAGAUCUGCCUGGGGGAAUCCUCAGUGAUAGAAGAUGAGUUCACUGGUGAUGAUUGGGCAGGUGGUGGAGGAGGCGGUGGAGGAGCCACCUAUAUCUACAACAUGGACGGUGGAGUACUGGUGCCUCUACUCAUAGCAGCUGGUGGUGGAGGUAAAGCCUACCUGGAGGACCCAGAGAGCAGCUUGGACCAGAUUCCUCUGGAGCAGUAUGAGAAUGACACGGUGGCCACCAGCUCCAACGGCAAGACUGGGGCAGCAGGGGGAGGUGGAGGUUGGAAGGACUCCUCCAGCCACUUGUGGGCAGGGAAGUCUCUCCUGGAGGGGGCCGAGGGGGGUUCCUCCUGUCCCCAAGCCUUAUCCAAACUGUCCUGGGCUACGUUCGGUGGGUUUGGAGGGGGAGGGGGAGCCUGCACUGCUGGAGGAGGAGGAGGCGGAUACAGAGGUGGCGAUGCCGCGCUGACUGAUGACAUCACAGCGGGCGGUCAGGAUGGCAUCUCCUUUGUUCAUCCCAUGGGGGAGAUAUUUCUCCAGCCGCUGGCAGCCAUGGAGAGCCAUGGAGAAUGUGAGAUCAAGGUGCAGCUCAACUGCAGUCACUGCCAGACCCAGAGCUGCAAACGAGACGAGGACACCCGACUCAUCCUCUGCCUCUGUCACAACGAGGAGGUGCUGGCCAGUGACAAUGUCACCUGCACAGCAGCCCCUCAGGGCCUCACCCCAAAAGGCCAACUGUCCCUGUCCCUCAUCCUGGCCGUGGUGGCAUCUAUCGUGGUGACGGGCAUCGUCCUGACCUGCGCCAGCCUCACCAUCAUAUACUACCGUAAGAAGAACCAGCUGCAUGCGGUCAGGCUGCGUCUCCAGAGUCCAGAGUACAAGCUGAGUAAGAUCCGGUCAUCCACCAUCAUGACAGACUACAACCCAAACUACUGCUUUGCUGGCAAGGCUGCUUCACUGAGCGAGCUGAAGGAAGUACCACGCAAGAACAUCACCCUCCUCAGGGCGUUGGGCCAUGGAGCAUUUGGGGAGGUGUAUGAGGGCCAGGUUCUAGGGAUGAAUGGCGAGAACACAGCCAUGCAAGUGGCCAUAAAGACUCUUCCGGAGAUCUGCUCCGAACAGGACGAGAUGGAUUUCCUGAUGGAGGCCCUGAUUAUGAGUAAGUUCAGCCACCAGAACAUAGUGCGCUGCAUUGGGGUGAGUCUGCAGAUCCUGCCCCGCUUCAUCCUCCUUGAGCUGAUGACUGGAGGAGAUAUGAAGAGCUUCCUGAGACAGAACAGACCCAAAACGAGUCAGAGCUCCUCCCUCACCAUGCUGGAGCUGCUACACGUGGCCAGAGACAUCGCCUUCGGCUGCCGUUACUUGGAGGAGAACCACUUCAUCCACAGAGACAUAGCUGCCAGGAAUUGUUUGCUGACCUGCCCUGGGCCAGACAGAGUGGCUAAAAUAGGGGACUUUGGAAUGGCACGUGAUAUAUACAGGGCCAGCUACUACAGAAAGGGCGGCCGUGCCAUGCUGCCCGUCAAGUGGAUGCCGCCAGAGGCCUUCAUGGAGGGCAUCUUCACCUGCAAAACGGACACAUGGUCGUUUGGAGUACUGCUCUGGGAGAUUUUCUCUCUGGGCUACAUGCCUUACCCCUGCAAGACCAACCAAGAGGUUCUGGAGUUUGUGACGAGUGGGGGGAGGAUGGACCCCCCGAAGAGCUGUCCCGGGCCUGUUUACCGGAUCAUGACUCAGUGCUGGCAGCACUGCCCUGAACACAGACCCAAUUUCUCCACCAUUCUGGAGAGGAUCAACUACUGCACUCAGGACCCUGAUGUGAUCAACACACCCCUGCCUGUGGAGUAUGGCCCCACAAUAGAGGAGGAGUUGAGCACUGUGAUCUGCCCUGACACCUCGGGUAGUCUGACCCCUCUGCUGGUGGCCCACUCUGCCUCCCAGGAGGUCUCUCCCCAGCUCAGCAGCCUGGGUCUGGGUCUGAGCAUUGGCCCCACCCCGCUGCCCCAACCACACAAGCCCCGUCUGCUGCUACAUAGGCCCCAGCAGCUGCCUCAGGAGGUGGCCUCAUACCGUGAGGCCCUAGAGCCCUGCUGGGCUGAGCCUGUGCCUGCUCCAGGGGUCUGCCCUGGGGCCUGGCUCCAACCCGAGCCCCUCCAGCCCUGCUCCAGGAACAGUUCCUUCUCAGGCAGCCAGAGGCUCAAAAACAAGACCAAGAACCUAUGGAACCCAACCUACGGCUCUUGGGUGCUGGAGAGCUUUGGUCAGGGAAAGACAGCACUGUCUCAUACCCAGUCCAUGCCCCUGUCCAGCAGCUGCUCUGCCCUCCAGGCAGCACCCCCUACCUCCGAGUGCACCGACUCUGGGUGCGAUGGCAGCCUCGGCCUCCCUGCCCCCAGCAGCCUGUGCUCCUCAUCCCCCUCCUCGCCCUGCCAGACCCUUUCUGCUCCCCAGGGUGCACCCAGCCUCAGCCUGGUGUCCUCCCGGAAGGGCCCAGCAGGAGGAGCCAGUGGGUGCCAGGCUGUGGACCUGGCAAAGCUGCAGAGCUUCCCCUGUGGCAAUGUCAACUAUGCCUACGACGAGCAGAGCUACGAGGCGGAGAGACUGCCCCUGGUGGUGCCCAAAAGCCCAGAGCCCUGCCCCAGCACCAGCUGUGCCCCCAGCGCCUCUUUCUCCUCCUGCUCAGGGGCAGGCCUGGGCGCAGCCUCCUCUUGUAUGCCCAAACUGCUACUGAAGCGCCACGCCAGCUAUGGACACGAGGAUGUGAGGAAGCACACCAAACCUGAGAAAACCACCCGGGACAGAGACUCAGGCUUCUCCCUGUCGGAGGACCUGAGUGUCACCCCUGUCUAACCGUGGCCCCUGGGGGGGGGGAGAAGCAGAACACUGGAACAGACCGCACAGAUCAAUGGCCACGCACAGGAACACACUACUGGAGAUGGCAGCCAUUUUGACCAAAUCAUUUUCACUCCCUUUUGUCGAUUCAUUGUUUUAUUUUAUACAGUUUUGGUGCAACUGAUGCCUUCUAGUCAGCAUAGGCAGUGAGAGAAUUAUAUUAAAGGCACAGUUUACAGACAGGAAGAGAUGCUGCAUUGCCAGGAGACAGGUGGUAUGUUCUCUUCCUGAUGUGGAAAAUGACACAUCCCAAGAAGGCCGUCACUGGCACAGAAGCACAUCCAAGCCUCAGUGGAUUUCUAGGCCCUAGCUGGAUUCAGCUGCAAUGUUCUGGCAUCCAUUGAAAUGCGCAGUGUCUCCUCUGCUUCGGGGGCUCUUUUGUUAGGCCAUUCCUUUCUUCUCUGUUUCUACCAUUACCUUUUAGUUGCUGGGUUCAUAUCCCAACAACAAUCCUCUACCGUUGGGCCCAUAACUCCACAACAUGCUCUCCAUCCAGGGAGAGCACUGCAGCUUGACCCUGUGCUCCUCUCAACGGUGUCUGUGUGAUGUGUGGGGGGUUUUGUUCGUAACUGAAACAAUGGAUAAUAAAGUUGUAUUGUAGGUUUACACUGGAAUGAAUGACUGGGAUUGACUGCUAAAUCAAUACUGUGAGUACAUAAGAAUCUCUGGUUCCCUAUGCAGGUGAUGGUAAGGCAGAAAGGAGAAUUACAUUGUGUGAGGAUGUUACGACAGGUAGUCUAAGAGCUCCUUGCGAUAAGAAUUAUAAUGACUUGUCACCUACAAGGUGCAUGACCAAAAUGUCAUCUCGUUUAGAAUUGUCAGUUAUUUUGUAGAUAGUGUUUAAAUGUAGUCAUUUCCACACUUAUUUUCUUAAUACUAAAGUCUAUAUUAAUUGUUUACUAAUACUUUACCCUCUCUACGUGCAUUUAAUCAAAUGGUGGCUAUUCUCACUUUUUACUGAGGCUUUUAGAGAAACCUAGAACAGAUCAUUUGGUAGGAAAUGCUCUGUAAUGUGUCCAUCUUGUUCCACCACACAAAAUGUUAAUACUACUGAAUUUCACCUUGGCAACACCAAAAUAUUAUAUACUAUUAUUUGACAUUGGAAUUCCUUAAACUGGACUAACUUCGUACAUUUGUAGCAAUUAUACUUCAUUUAUAAAGUGUGUUUAUGUCUUGUCUGAACACUACAGGUUUGUAAUGUACUCUACUGUACCUCCUACAGCCAGCAGGGGACAGCAUUCUCAUAUGAAAUACCAAAUAGUUAACGUUUGUAUUUACAUGAGGGCUUGUUUGCCAUUUACUUUUUUAUUUCUCAGUAUCUAUGUUAUGAGCUGUAGUUAAAGCGGUACGGUUGCUGGUGUACAUGUUAGCUUAUUACACUGAAAUAAACAUUGUUUACUGGAUAUUUUA